GUGGUUUUCCUUUAUAUACUACAUCUUAAUUUGGCACCCGGAAUGAAUGUUCCUCUCUGCACCGCCGGAUGUAGUGAGGCUCCCGAGGAACCAGUUUGGGCUCUUGACAUUUACUGUAAAGUCUUUCGCAACAAAUGCUACUUUCAUGCCGCCAAUUGCUUUCGAUCUAUGGUAUUUGUGAAACCCAUGAAAAUCAUACCCAAAGAAGAGUGUCAAAAGUAUUGCAAAGCAGAUUGUGAGGAUGAAUUAGAAUUUCCAUUUGUUGUAUACUACAAAAACGAAGUCAAGCAUUUUAAUAGUCUAUGCGAAAGUGAACUACACACCUGCCGAACAGGCGAAAUAUUCUCAUAUAGUUGGGAAGACACCUUAAAAAUCUAGCCUAGGACAGCUGCAGAAAAUUGUCUCAAUUCGCCGUAACUGAAUUCGCCGCACUUACACAGUUAUUCAACGCAAUUGCAUUUAAUUUGUUUUAUCUAUGUUUUCGCAUAUAAGCUUGAGUUAGUUCUCAAUUGGUGACAAAGCAUUACAGAUGGCAUUGUGAGAAGGUCGCCAACAA